AUGAUGGAAGUCAUCCAAUGCAAGUGCACAAGCUGCCAGACGAAAUUGGCAAAUUUCUUCAACCUUUGGACUCAGAUUGGAAAAUCUUACUUCAGUCCGUUGAUUGACGCCCAAGGCACCACUCAGAUGGUCGCCAAGGAACCCACGAGGAUUGGUGAAGCAGAAACCCUCGUUGCUGGAUGUGAGCUUCAAGAUGUCAGUUGCGUCAAGUGUGAUAAUGUCAUCGGCCUCAAAUGUUUGAGCAGCCCAGUCAACCAUGUGCUUUGCGACUCGCAAAUACUUCUGAGGCAGACCUCUGUUGUGUUUCUGAAGAAGAAUGGCAAGCCGAUAGAGCUCGAUGUGCGCCGCAAAUUAAAGCUCCGGGAUGAUUCUCGCACUGGAUCGUGUUCAACCAACGCUCAUUUCAAUUCGGAUUAUCGUCAAGAACCCGGCUUUGAAAACGGGCAUAGGUCGUCCAACUCCGAAAAUAUUGACCUCCUUCGUUUACGAGCAGACCUUGAUACUCAGCGAGAAAAUAUUGAGAGGAUAGAUACUGCUGGGUUUCAGGUGAUCUCCCAAUUCGACGGCGCUGUGUCGCGCAUCGAAAAGGAGAUAGCAAAGCUCAGGUCAACUAUGGACCAGCUUCAGAAGGAUAUCGACCUUCACAGAGCCGAUUUGAAGUGUCUCAAAUCGGAAGGAUCUAGUGGGACACACCCUAUGCAGAACAGUCCCAAAGUGUCUCGAUUAGAGAGCCAGGUUCGGACGGCAAGUGCGGCGAUUUCUGAGAUGCAGAAGCUCUCCGAAGAUUUCAGAAAGGAGCAUGAUGGGUCCCGAAGAGAGCUUCAAACAACGCGAGAAGAUUUAAGAAGGCUCGAAAGCGCAACUUUAGGCCUACAGCUGACGGUGACAAGUGUAACUGAAACCGCGAAAGAGAGCCUCGAGAUGGCAAGGGACAGCGCCAAGGAAACAGCCAGUCUACGUACUGAGUUGACGCAGCUUAGACGAAUCAUGGAACAAGACCGCAAAAACAACCUCGGCCUGUCAAAGCAGCAGAUACCUUCGCGGGAACUGGACAUCUUGACCAGCAACAUCACCAAGAUCGGAACUCGAGCAAACCAAGUGGAAACGCUGCAGAUGGAAUUUGAUCUAUUCAAGAGCAGGAUACAGCGUCUGGAGGCGAGCGCAGAACGUCCUGCUCGAUCUUGCGAGGAAUCACAACUGGCGCCAGGCCAACAACCCGAGAGCUCGGAAACAUUUCCUGCCAUUUUGAAUUUUAACAUCGAUGCAGCAUCAAAUGGCGUUUAUCAGGAAGCAAACGCCAGAGUUCCCACCGAAGCCAUCACCGCCUCACCUAAAGUUCUGCAGCCUACAAGCCGCAAACGAAGAGCACCAGCAGAACAAAUUACCCAAGCUGGUGAAGAGAAACAGGGCCCACGACUCACCAGAUCGGGUAAUAUUGACAAAAGGAGUGCCAAGAAAUCGAGGGUUUCUUUGCCCGUGAGCAGAAAGGGUUGA